CGGUAUUGAAUCUGAUGGAAGGACUCAAGUUUGUACUAGUUUUCGUCGUCCUGGCCUUGGCUUCUUCAUUUGCCUCUGCCUCUGAUCCUGGUCCGCUUCAGGACUUCUGUGUUGCCAUCAAAGAAACCGAUGGUGUGUUUGUGAACGGAAAGUUCUGCAAGGACCCAGAGCAAGUUGCUGCAAACGAUUUCUUCUUUCCUGGACUCAACGUUCCUCGGGACACUUCCAGUCCAGUUGGUUCAAAUGUCACUGCUGUCAAUGUUGCUCAAAUUCCAGGACUCAACACUCUUGGCAUAUCCUUCGCUCGCAUUGAUUUUGCACCACAUGGUGGCCUGAACCCACCCCACACUCACCCUCGUGCCACUGAGAUCCUAGUAGUGGUGGAGGGUACCCUCUAUGUUGGUUUUGUCACAUCUAACUUAGCUAACGGAGAUAAUCGCCUAAUCACCAAGGUCUUAAAUCCGGGGGAUGUUUUUGUGUUCCUAGUCGGACUCAUUCAUUUCCAGCUCAAUGUGGGAAAAACCAACGCCGUUGCAUUCGCCAGUUUAAGCAGCCAGAACCCUGGUGUGAUUACAAUUGCAAAGGCAGUGUUUGGAGCAGAUCCACCCAUUAAUCCUAAUGUUCUAACCAAGGCCUUCCAAGUGGACAAGAAGGUAGUCGACUAUCUUCAGAAACAACUCUGGACGGACAACAACAAUUAGAAGAACACAUUUAAAUAGAAGACAUAUAUGAAGCUGUAGCCUCAUGUUUGGCAUGUAUUCUUCAUUACAACGUAUCUCUUUCAUUUUUAUCAUCCUA